UCUUGGUUUUUCUCUCUCUUUAUCUCACCGCUGCGAUCUGAAACAUGAAGAAGAUGAAAGGAAUUGUUGCUGCUGCUGCUGCUGUUGCUGUUAAGGAGUAUUUUCCUUAUGAUUUGUAUGAGGAUCAAAGGGCACGGUUCAGGUAUCCAAACCAUAUGGAAGAGUUUGAAGACUUGCACAAGGAAACGGAGUCAAUGAGAAAGAAAUUGCAGACGAAAGAGAAAAGAUCGACCCUGUCGGCUGAAGUCAGUAUGAUGUUGUUCCUACAUAACUUGUAUGAUUUACAUACUUUCAGAAUCACGGUUAUUGAUAAAGAGUUGAAAUUUUCUGUUGUUAGGUUUUUGAAACGGAGGCACAAGUUCUUGAUACAAUACCAAUCUUCGAACAGCCUGGAAGAAAGACAUUUUUUUGCAGCCACAGAACAAAGUAAAUAAAAAUAUGAAGGCAAAGAAACAACAGGAGGGGGCUUUGCUAAGCCGAGCUAUGGGUUUCGAUUUGAACCCGAAGAGAAAGACGAACAGUGUAAAGGGCACCAGUUCCACUCGGCCUUCCUUGUGUUUGACUUAAAGCAGAAGCAGCAGAAGAGUUUGGUGGAAAGGAGGAUCCUACUUUGCGAAGUAUUAUCAGUUCUCGACUUAAACCAAAAGGAAAGGCUUUACAGUGGAAAAGAUGCCACUUCCGAAGCAUGAAACCGACUUUGACUUGACCAGAUUUCGAGAGAGGAGGAAGAACUACAAGCUCAACUAAUUCAGUGAGAAUAGAGGAACUUAAGAAGAGUAAAUCAGAAUAGGAAGUGAGGAGCAGCACAAUGAUAUUAAAAUAUCAGCCUGCAGGAACACUGGAAAUGGGGCAAAUAGAACCGGGAAAGAAAAGAUCUCAUGGCAAGAUCAGGUGGCAUUGAGGGUUUAAGUCUCUUGCAAUAGAAGUGCUUACUGAGUAGUUUGAGGGACUGGAAAUAGUGAUUUAGCUUGCCUCCCUUUUUUUAAUUUUCUUAUGUGGUUAUUUUCUUCAUUUAUCUCGUGUAAAGAAAUAUAGUUGCA